UAAGAUAAUGCAGUCACGAAAAGUCAAUAAAAAGUUUAAGUCUCGGACAUGUAAAGAGAAAUUUACUCAGAACAAGGACCAAGAAGAUCAAACUGAUAAAGAAUUAAUAAAAAUUACUGAAAACAUUGAGGUUCCAGACGGUGAUUCAGAUGACAGCAUCAGAGUCUUUUACCAAAGUGAAAGCAAGGACGAAGUAUCAUCAAACAAAUUCCAUGUAAGGAGUUAUAGUAAUAUUCAUGAUCAGAAUCAUAUGUUUAAUGAACCAUAUUCUCCAUACCAAUCUCACUGUGUGUUUAUGACUCCUCAUUCACGAGACAAGUCAGAAAACGACAAUGAUAUUUCUGAGUCUCAGCUUGUGACACCUAAGGAUUCGAAUGAGAAUCCUGCUCAGGGAUGUACCAAACUGAUCCCAGGGAAGAUAUGGAACACUCGGCUUAAGGAUUAUUUGAAUCCUUCCGACUUAAAACAACGGGCUACUCCUAAUAAACCUCUGAAGUUCGAUAUUUCAGAAAAGAAAGAACGUUCACAAAAAGCUGAGGAAUUUUGUGACCAAAGAAUUUUCCAUGAAAACUUUACUACUCGAGAGCCUCGAAUUGAGAAGGGCAAAAAGUCCAGAAGAAACGCGAGCUUAGAAAUAAUGCUUGAAAAUGGGAAGAUUAAUAGCCAUAGAAACAUGCAUAAGAGUUCGUUCAAGGCUUCAGACCAGGGAUGUUUUGAAGUAAAAGAUUUGAAAGUGACAAAAUAAUAUGAUGAGCACUAUUCAGAAAAGAACACGGGCUGCUGUAAAACAAGCAAUGCAAGGAGAACAGAAGGUGGGGGUUAAGAAUUUUAAAGUGCUUUCACCAGCUCAAAAGAAAAGAGGUAACAAGCAGAACUUGAAGAAUGCAAAAUCUAGGGAUAAAUUCACUAAUAUUGAACAGGUUAAGCUUGAGGGUGGCAAGAAUAAAGUGAGAAGAGUUUCACAAGAUAUCAUAAAUACAAGUAUGAAGACAGGCUCUAUUAAGAGUUCAAAGAAGUCUAUUGGAGGAUGUCAGAGAGAAAUAACCAGCUCCAGGAUGUCACAUGGAAACUCCCAGAGAAUCAGCCUGUGCUCCAAUAGGAAGAAGAAUUUAGACUCAAAUAUUUUGUCAAUCAAUUCGAACUUGAAUAUUAUCCCUUACAAGGAGUUUGAUAUUAAGGGCAAUUUGAACCAGCUUGAUAUAUCUCCAGAGGAGUUUACAAUAACCGAAUUAAAUAACCCUGAUGAAGAUACUAUGGCUAAAAGUAGCUCUGUAGUAAUCUCUUCGAUAGCUGGAAAGACCAGCAGCCAUGCUGGAGAAUCCUCUGAAGAGUAUCAGCACAAGGUUGAAGAUAAGAUUCCGCAUCAAACUCUUUCCAAGAAAAACACUGUGCUGAAUUCUGUUAGAAGAAAACUUAAUGAAUACUAUAACAGAAAGGCUGCUCCAAAUAAGACAAGUUCUCCACCAAUUAUCAUUGAGAAAAUAGAAGGGUAUAAUGAGCAAGAUGAAGCUAAAAUUAUUGAAACUGAAGAAGCUGAAGAAAACAGCCUAUUCAUGCACAGAAAUAAAGAAAACAAGGAGAUAUCUUCUAUUGAUAUUACAAAUGGAAUUGGAGAAAUCUCUGAUUUUAAUUCUGAGGAGAAUUACAUUCUUCAGGCUAACAUGUUUUCAGGGAAGACACCUAGUUUUAUUACAGAUAGUGAGACUUCUUCUGGUGAGAAAGGGACUAAAUUCAUUCAAAAAUUUAAAAAUCCUACUAUUCCUCUAGCUUCUAAUACCAAUGCUCAACAAAGACCAAGAUUGAACAAUAAGAAGCAGGCUAGGCCACCGCCAAGAUUGUUGAAUAAGUACUUGUAUGAGCCUUCAACAUAGCUAAAAGUGCUAAAGUAUCUUUAUUCCUAAUGACCAGUCCUGGUAUUAGUCACCCUCAGGCUUGGAUGAAAAAUAAAUUGAAUAAUUUCAAUAU